UGUUCAUAAACUCCCGGGGACAAAACGCGUCUCAGCGUCGUCGUCAUAACCCCCACAGCGGUCGCUCGGUUCGCGAUCCCUUCUUCCGCUUUCUACCACUUCUGCCGUUGCGCCUGCCUUUCCUUCUCUGUUCGAAGGCGGGCGAUAGAUCCACCCGCCUCGGAUUCCCUGAGGAAGGAAAGGGCUUUCUCUUGCAAACAUCAAGAUCCCAGCAGCUGCUACAAUGAAUUGGAAGUUUCCGAGUUUUGGAAGUGCUCAACAACAACAACCUCAGCCAAAUUUCCAAGAAAUUCCAGUACAAUCUUGGUAUCCUCCUUCGGUUGUUGGUUCACCUUCACCCUUUUCAACUCCAACUAGUUCUUCUGUUGGUAAUGCUCAUCAAAGAGCUUUUGAUCGCCCUCAGUCACCAUCACAGGUGCAGCCAUCACCUACUGAGGCUGCUGGAAUAAUUGCUCGUUUGAAGGAUAAAAGUGUUGACGAACUGAGAAAGCUGUUGAAUGACAAGGAAGCAUAUAAUGCCUUAUUUAAUUCUCUUGACCAAGUGAAAAUUCAAAAUAAUCUAAGAGAUGAACUUCGAAAGGAGACCUUGCAACUUGCUAAGGAGAACUUGGAAAAGGAACCUCGAAUUUUGGAGCUCAGAAACCAGUGCACUAUCAUUCGGACAACUGAGUUGGCAGCUGCUCAAGAGAAGUUAGCUGAAUUGGAGAGGCUAAAAGAAGAGACAUUGAGUCGCUGUUCACCCUCAGCACUUCUGGAAAUGUUGCAUGAUGCAAUGAACAAGGUGGAAGAGGAGUCGGAGAUGCUUCACAGGCAACUACUCGACAGGGAGAUCGACCUCCCGAGCUUUGUGCAGAAAUACAAGAAGCUUCGCACCCUCUAUCACAAACGGGCGCUUCUCCAUCUUGCUGCUAAGACCUCAGGUCUUUCAGCCUAAGUACUAUUAUCGUCAUCGUGAUACUUUUGUGUGGAAACAUUGUUCCUCUUGCAUUUUGUAAAAACCUGUAGGGAAAUGAUAAGCUCAGGUCAGUCUUCAGAUGUAUCUAUCCUAUCUUUUGUUUGACUUAUGAUGUUGCAUGACAAAUUCACGUUCCUUUAUGGUGGGAACUACUGCUGCUCUGUAGAAAGCAAAUGAUCAAUUUACCCUUCUCUCUA